CAUCACACACUUUACCCUUCUUCCUCAAAGAGAAGCCAAAAGCAACUCACCACUUUUCUCUCUCUCCCAUCUCUUUCAACCUUCAAUUCCUCUCUGCACUGCCAAACUGGACAAGAAAGAUCUCAUUCCAAAGGAGCCAAUAAGCCUCACUACUCACAAACAAAACCCUCGCAAUUCUCACACUAACCCAUCAUUUUCAAGCUAACAAAAAAAAAAAAACCAUUCACUCUUUUCAGUUUUACUUAUAAAUCUCACUCUCUCUCUCUCUCUCUAUGACUCCGUCACUGGAAACACAGAGGAGUUUCUCUAUGAAAUCAAAGGCGGCACACGUCCAUAACGGAAACGGUUACGCCAGCGAGACUUGCGCCGGAAGAUGCGGCGGCGGGAGCAGCAGCGGGAGCUCGCCGAGUCCGCCGCCGUCGCCGCGGCGGAAGACGACGCAAUGCAGGAGGAGAAUGCGGCCGGUGAAGGACUUGGCGGAGACGCGGCGGCUUGCCGCCGGGAUCAUGGCGCGGCGGAGCCUCAGGUACUUCUUCCUGCUUCCGGUAGUGUACAUCUUCGGUCUCCUCAUGUGCGUCGGCCCCUUCCCCUUCCCGUUGUUCUCUCACGCGCCUCUUCCUGGUUCCCGUUACCGCAGCCAUGAGGUUUUCCACAAGCUCUGGCAUGAUAUUGAGUCUGAUAAUUCCUCUGCCAUUCAGUUAUCUUCUGUGUGGAAGUACAAGAGGAAGUUGAGAGAGCAGAAGCCAUGUCCGAAUUUGACUGCAUUGUAUCAUGAACAUAUCGUUUCCCCUGGCCUGAAUGGUUUUUUAAUUGUGGAGGCCAAUGGUGGUCUUAACCAGCAACGCUCCGCGAUUUGCAAUGCUGUGGCUGUUGCUGGACUCCUGAACGCAAUACUGGUUAUACCUCACUUUGAAUUCCACAGUGUGUGGAAAGACCCAAGUGAAUUCGGGGAUAUAUAUGAUGAGGAUCAUUUUAUAUCCACACUUGAUGGUUAUGUGAAGGUGGUAAAAGAACUGCCUGAGGCACUAAUGGAGAGGCAUAAUUACAAUAUGAGUAAUAUAACUAACAUCAAAGUUCAAGCUUGGGCUCCUGUCAGUUAUUACCUGGGAGUUGUUUAUCCUAUCUUGCAAAAGGAAGGGGUUAUUCGAAUAGCUCCAUUUGCCAACCGUUUGGCCAUGAGUGUCCCUCCACAUAUUCAAUUUCUAAGAUGUCUUACUAAUUAUAGAGCAUUGAGGUUUUCUCCUUCAAUAUCCUCAUUAGCUGAGAAACUGGUUUACCGAAUGACUGAGAAGAGCUCAAGGACAGAUGGAAAAUAUAUUGCUGUGCAUCUUCGCUUUGAGGAGGACAUGAUAGCAUUCUCCUGUUGUGUAUAUGAUGGAGGAAAGGCAGAGAAGUCAGAAAUGGAUUCGGCUCGGGAAAAGGGGUGGAGGGGAAAAUUUAAAAGAAAAGAUCGUAUUAUUGUUCCUGACCUCAAUCGAGUCAAUGGAAAAUGCCCAUUAACCCCUCUGGAGGUUGGUAUGAUGCUACGUGGCCUGGGGUUCGACAAUAAUACUUCAAUAUAUUUAGCUUCUGGGAAAAUAUAUCAUGCAGAGAGAUAUUUAGCUCCUUUGUUAAAGAUGUUUCCCAAUCUGUAUACAAAGGAGUCUCUUGCAACAUCAGAUGAGCUUGCUCCUUUUAUGGGCUAUUCCUCCCAAUUGGCAGCACUGGACUAUACUGCAUCCUUGUUUAGUGAGGUUUUUGUUACCACUCAGGGUGGUAACUUCCCUCAUUUUCUGAUGGGUCAUAGAAGAUUCCUCUAUGAUGGACAUGCCAAGACCAUUAUUCCGGAUAAACGGAAGCUUGUUGUUCUUUUCGAGGACAUGAGUAUCAGUUGGAAAGCUUUCAAGGAUCAGAUGGAAAACAUGCUCACAGAAAGUGACCGCAAAGGAAUCAUGGUCCCUAGAGUUAGAAAAAUCAACAGAAAAACUUCUGUCUACACUUACCCUCUACCAGAAUGUAGGUGCCUACAGCAGUCUCAUUCCCAUCAAAUUGACCUAAACCUAGACAUUCCUGAGACACAGCAGAACAAAAGCUUAAAUGGACGACUUGCUUCAUUUGUUCCAAAAUUUCUGCCACAGCCAUCAGAUUUAUAUUAUUUCCAAUUCCAUGGUUUCGGGGGUGCAAUCAACUUCCAGUUCUACAGCUUUUUGAAGUUGUUUUUCUCAUUUUGUCAAGAUGGGAGCAUUUCAGUUCUGAUAAUACAAGAGAUUUCACCUUGUGAUUGGCUGCUGCGACUGCUUGAAGAUUUUGUGUGCACAUACUUAUUUCACUCAGCGGGACAGUUUUCUAGCGUCCUAUGUAAAAGUUGGAGUUGGAACAUGGUUUCAAGGAAAGGAUUGAGGAUGCUUGCAAAUGAGUUGUCACCAUCUCUAAUGCAUGUUUGGAUAGAAGCUAUAACUUCAAGCUUCAACUGAAUCCACGUCUACGUCCUUCCUGAUAUGGUUCCAAACAAGUACAUAGUAGAACUUAAAAAGAGUCAAUUAUAGAGUUGUAUUUUUAUUUUCCUUUUC